AUGCGGCUUCUACAGAUACUUGGCCUGGCAGGCUGUGCGACGGCACAAUUCUCAUUCCCUGGAAAGGCGGCGUCGUUGGAGCUCAAUAAGCAGAUUGAAAUCAAGUGGAAUUCGGCUGGUCUGGAGGGUCCGAUUGCCAUUACUUUGGUGCCGGCAGGACUGGUAGGACAAUCUGUUGUUGCGCAGCAGAUUGCAGUUGGCAUUCAGAAUAGCGGAUUGAUAACAUGGACGCCUGACGUUAGCAUUACCGCCUUCCCAGGCUUCAACAUGGUGAUUAUCGACGCCAAAGCAAAGGCAGUCGUGUCCGAAGAGUUCAUCAUACCGGGUCUGGUGCAGAAGCCAGGGACGGUGACACGCGUGGUUCCCGUGGUCACGAGCAAAGUAGUCACCGAUAGCAGCGGCGUGGUGGCAACGAACUUGGUGACCAGUGUGGGCAGUACUUUGUUACCGCUGCCUACUGGGCCGAUCAAACUGCACAUGUCCGGGACGCAGGUUCUUGAUAAGCUCGUGACGGGUGUGAAUGGGGCAGCUCCCACGCCUUCGGAGGAGAUAAACAAGGAUGGCCAGAAGGAAGGGCUGUUGCCUCUGCCUGGAGUGGAUGGGAAUGCUCAGCAGCCGCUGGGGGGGUUGAAGCCGCUGCCGAAUGUAGUCUUGAGCUCGACGACUUCGGCAGCUGUAUCGACGCAGACACAGGAGAACAACAACAAUAACAACGGCAAUAACAAUAACAACAACAAGAAUGGAAACGACAUGAACGGUGGCAAUCGGGGAAACAACAAGAAGCAAGGGAACAGGAACAAGAACAAGAAUUCAAACAAAGGCAACAACAACAACAACAACAACAACAACGGCAACAACAACGGCAACAACAGCGGCAACAACAGGAACCAACAAGACGGAAAUUCCAAGGGUGCUAAAUCCGAGAGCAACAAUGGCAAAAACUCCAACAAGAACAAGUCCAACUCGAUGAUGGCCAAGCUCAAACGAUCCCCAGACAUGUCAGCCAUGCAGCUCCCCGCUCUUAAGGCCAAGAACGUCGUUCCGUCGCCAACCCAGGCACAGGUCAAAGCCAGGGGUGAACCGGAGGCAACGCAGGCAGACAUCAGAAUCACCCUGACGCCGGCUUCCCCCUCAGACCCUGUACGAGUAAUUGACGUACCUGGCGCCAAAGGCAACAACAACAACAACCUUCAAACGUCGCGCAGUCCAAGGGUCUCGUUCACGCUUCCGACGGCUGCUACGAGGACCAUUACCACUGCGAUUGUGCCUUCGGGGGCAAAAAAUCGUGCUAGUACGGACAACACGCAAGGCGGAGGUCGUCAAGGGGCUAGUGGGGACGGCAGUUCCGAGUCAACAGAGAUGGGAUUGGCUGUCAAGGUUGGUCCAGGGAAUAUCUUGGGCGUUGUUGCUUUGGUUGUGGGCGUUUUGAUGCUGUGA